UCAUCAGGCUCUCGCGUCGCGUUGUACACUGGACUUGAUUCUAAGUCUGGUUAAACCCUAUCUAUCCCCAUCUGGAAAUCGCUGUUUCUCUCUAUGAUGAGGAGCCUAAUCUCAGGCGCCAAGCUCGUCGCGACCAGCAGAGCGCGAGUUUCGAGUCCAUGGGGAACGAGCACCACGACGACGUCUUCUCGGUGCUACAGUCUGAUCCCAAUGGUGAUAGAGCACUCGUCUCGAGGUGAGCGAGCGUACGACAUCUUCUCUCGCCUUCUCAAGGAGCGCAUAGUCUGCAUCAACGGUCCCAUCAACGACGACACCGCCCAUGUCGUCGUCGCCCAGCUUCUCUUUCUCGAGUCUGAGAACCCAUCCAAGCCCAUCAAUAUGUACCUCAAUUCUCCUGGUGGCCAUGUCACUGCAGGUCUUGCAAUUUAUGAUACUAUGCAGUACAUUCGGUCACCGAUCAAUACAAUUUGUUUGGGUCAAGCUGCAUCAAUGGCUUCACUUCUCUUAGCUGCGGGUGCCAAGGGUGAGAGGCGGUCACUUCCCAAUGCCACAAUUAUGAUUCAUCAGCCUUCAGGUGGGUACAGCGGACAAGCAAAAGAUAUGACAAUUCACACAAAGCAGAUUGUUCGUGUGUGGGAUUCACUCAAUGCAUUGUAUUCAAAGCAUACAGGGCAGUCAAAAGAGAUGAUCGAGAAGAAUAUGGAUAGGGAUCACUUCAUGACCGCAGUAGAGGCAAAGGAGUUUGGAAUAAUUGAUGAAGUCAUUGAUGAAAGACCAAUGGCUCUGGUCGCUGAUGCUGUUGGCAAAGAAGGCAAAGAAAAGGACAAGAGUUCAAACUAGCUCUUCAGAGAUUUAGGUCUCAGUGAGGAACAUAGCUCUUUUAAAGUUUGGUCUUUUAAUUUGUCCUAAUUUAUAUCCUUGAAUUUAACAUGAUUUCUUUCUACCUAGCCUUCAUUUCAUUUCGGAAUUACAGUAUUUUCUGCUCUUUUGUGAGGCCAAUUCUGCUAAUUUUUAGUAUGCAUAUGCUCCGUAUAAAAUAAAGAACUGCUGUCUCUCUGUA